UAUUCUUUCACCAGAAGCUAAUCUUACACCUCUCACUUAAAAAAAUCAAAAUUUUUGGUAUUAUCAAAAUUGUGUCGGGGGGUUUCACAGCUUUCCUCAUGAUAUCGCAAAGUGAAACAAUUUCUGAAAAGGAAUAUCCCGGCUUUAAUAAUUACCGCGCUGGAUACAUCACGUUUGAACUUGGUAGUGUGUUUAUGGCGUUAAUGUACUUCAUCGUAUCCUUCCUGCUAUUCCAGGGAUAUAGAACGGAAAAUCCACGUCUUUGCAAACCAUGGCUGUACUGGAAUUAUUUCUCUCUCGGACUUUUCGUCUCUUCAGGACUGAUUGUUUUUCUCGUCCUGGCGUUUCGUGCCUUAUUCCUUGAGGGAUUGCUAUUGAUACUUAUCAUGGGCAUGAUUUUCUCCAUUUUGCUGUACUUUGUGUUUGUCGUGCAAAGAUUUGUAACGGAAAUUACUGAGUGAAGAUCGGCAUAAAAGUACAUUCGUAAUGUUUA